GAGCCUGGGGUCUGCACGUAUUCUAUCGUACACGGACGAACCGGUUGUGAGGAGGCGAGGAGGUACUCUAUUAAAAGACAGCGCGACGUCACGCGACGCGACGGAGUCAACACGACGCAGAAGCCAUCGGGGGUAAACUCGGGUAGAUGCAAGUGAUCGUCCUCGACGUUGACGUUGUCGGCGGGAGGUGACGAGUUCAAGAGCACACAGAAUCCAGGGAAUAUGGCAGCUAAAGUGCAGCAUCCAUUCGAGCCACCCAGUUCGGCGAGCUCUGAAAGCGAUGACGGCGACGCGUGCCUGGAUGAUCGCGAGAUCUUUCUCGCCGACGAGUUAUGCGAAGAUGCCGAACUCGGUACGCCGACACCGCAGUCCCCGCGACCGCCGUCCACAGGUUCACAAAAAUCUCCUCGAUCACGUAGACAACGCACUACCAGCAUGUCACAAUCAAGUAAGAAGACAUCUGCAGAAUCCAUCCUCAGGAGCAAAACACGAACCAUUUAUACAGCUGGUAGACCUCCUUGGUACAAUUCAGCUGGUCAACAAGUAGAACCUUUUGUAAUUGGUAUUUGUGGAGGUAGUGCUUCUGGGAAAACAACAGUUGCAACUAAAAUAAUAGAAUCUCUAGAUGUACCAUGGGUGACUCUCCUUAGUAUGGACUCCUUUUAUAAAGUAUUAAACGAAAAGCAGCACGAAAUGGCCGCGCACAAUGAGUACAAUUUUGAUCAUCCUGAUGCAUUCGAUUUUGAACUUCUCAAGACCACUUUGCAGCGAUUGAAGGAAGGACGCAUGAUAGAAGUUCCUAUUUAUAAUUUUGUAACUCAUCGCAGGGAAAGUAGAACUAAAACCAUGUAUGGGGCUAAUGUCAUUAUUUUUGAAGGAAUACUCACUUUCUACAAUGUCGACGUAUUGAAAAUGUGCGACAUGAAAGUUUUUGUCGAUACUGAUGCGGAUGUAAGACUGGCCAGACGUUUAAAAAGGGAUAUUUCUCAAAGAGGUAGAGAUCUGGAGGGUGUAUUGAAACAAUAUAGUAAACAUGUGCAGCCGGCUUUUUAUUAUUACAUAGCGCCUCUUAUGGUUCAUGCGGAUAUCAUUGUGCCACGUGGAGGAGAUAACGAAGUGGCGAUAGAACUUAUUGUGCAACAUGUUCACACUCAACUUCAAUUGAGAGGUUUCAAAUUGAGGGAAAAAUUAGCACAUUCGUACAUUGGUCAGCCAUUGCCUUCGUCAUUGUAUUUACUUCCGGAUACGCCGCAGAUAAAGGGUCUUCAUACAUUUAUACGUAACAAGGAGACAUAUAGAGAUGAAUUUAUUUUUUAUUCUAAGCGAUUGAUCCGCUUGGUCAUCGAAUAUGCAUUGUCUUUGUUGCCUUUUGAGGACGUAACCGUCGAGACACCACAAGGAGUUUUGUAUGGUGGCAAGCGGAGUGCAACAGACAAGAUAUGUGGCGUGUCGAUAUUACGUGCUGGCGAAACCAUGGAACAGGCGGUUCGGGACGUGUGCAAGGAUAUACGUAUCGGAAAGAUUCUUAUUCAAACUAAUCAACAGACUGGCGAGCCUGAAUUGUAUUAUCUCCGAUUACCAAAGGAUAUCAAAGACUAUAGAGUAAUAUUGAUGGAUGCUACUGUUGCAACUGGUGCUGCAGCUAUUAUGGCGAUCAGAGUGCUAUUAGAUCAUGAUGUUGCGGAGGAAAACGUGUUAUUGGCAUCUUUGCUGAUGGCGGAAUCUGGCGUGCAUUCUAUCGCGUAUGCCUUUCCGCGAGUAAAGAUUGUUACUUCUGCGCUUGAUCCCGAGAUAAACGAAAAGUUCUAUGUUUUACCUGGCAUUGGAAAUUUUGGCGAUAGAUACUUUGGCACCGAACCAUCUGAUGAUUAAGGCAGUUUAUAGAUCUCUAAAGUACUUACAUAUAUUCACUAUGUUGUGUAAAUUGUGAUACAAAUAUCAAAAUAAUCUACUAAAUCUUUAAUAAAAAGUGCAUUACAUAAACA